AUGGCAGGAAAGCACUGUCUGACUCUGAAGCCCUUUGUGCAGGUGAAGGGAAGAGUUUCUCUUGACCAAUCAGCGUUCAGUGUGGAGGACAACAGGAGCUUCUACCUGAGCAGGGACAUGAUCACGUGUGCGAGGGUUGGCCAAGAUCACGUGUGCUGUGUUUCCACAGUAUUCUUGUCUUGCAUUUAUUUUCCUUCAGAGAGACAUGUUCUCCAGUACGUUUACAGCGCUCUCUCCAAACCUGCGGGAUUCUCCGGGCCUCAGUUCAGUGCCGUGGGUCUGUAUGAUGACCGACGCAUCUCUCACUACAGUAAUGAAGAACAAACCUGGAAAAGAGACCGUCAGAAGUCAGAGAUCUGGAGAGACACUGAAGAACCAGAUGAUCCUAAAGACUGGUUUAUGCAUGUAGUUUAUACUCUGUCAAACUGCACAAGAUCCAAAUGUGACGGCCUCCAUACACUGCAGAGGAGAGUCGGCUGUGAGGUGGACGCAGGGAUGAAUGUAAAAGCGUUUGAUGAGUACAGAUAUGAUGGAGAGGAUUUUAUUGCCUUUAAUUCUGACACAAUGCAGUGGAUGGAGAAAAAUCCAAAGGCAAUAGAAACCAAAAGGAAGUGGGACUCUAACAAAUUACAUAAUCAGUAUCUCCAGUCAUUCCUCAAGACCUGCAUGGACUGGAUCUCCACAUUUAAUGAUUCGAUAAGCAAUGCACCAGAUGUUCACAUGUUUGCCUCUGAAGCUCCUCAUGACCGAAGCAAGCUGAAUCUGAGCUGUCUGGCCACUGGCUUCUACCCCAAACACAUCGAGAUGAAGAUCACACUGAACGACAGAAACCUCGAGGCCUUCAGCUCUACUGGAGUCCGACCGAAUGAUGACGAGAGCUUCCAGAUGAGAAUCAGUGUGGAGAUUCACAGAGAUGAAGAAGAGAGUUAUGAGUGUUACGUCUCUCACAGCAGUCAGACACAGACACUUAUAAUACAAUGGGAUGAAAAAGGCGCUAAUAGCAGUGACGAAUCUAGACGGCAUGAUUUGGCAGUAACUGCAGCUGUAUUUGCGCUGAUAGUUUUUAAUGUGUUUCUAUGGUGUAUCUGCUCAGGAACGGCACACAAAGAGUUAAAUGGUCAGAUGAACUAUAAUGGCUCUAGCAGAAGAGAGAACGUCAUCUCAGGGUCACCGGAACUACCGGAGCCUGUUGAACCAAACCGGUUUCAGUGGCUCCUCGGGCCGAAGAUUGUGUGCUCAUGUACAGCAGUGAAGCCAGAAGAGGAUCUUCCGACAUUCAUGAGGUUCUUUCAUGAAAACACAUCUCAGGGUUUCAAAAUUAGAAUUUCGUUUCACCGCUCUGAUCAGGACAAAUAAUUUGUAAGCUUUAGUGGUCAAUAUAGAUGACAAUUAGUUUUCUGUUGUUUUAUAUGGAGCCGGUUGCACCAGUGCCAUUGAAAUAUUUACAAAAGCCUCCGACCAGGACCAUGUAUGAUAUUUCUGUUUGCAUGCAUUUACAUUUUAAGAAAGAACA